CCACGUUCUAUUGUAGUUGUCCUCCCUUCUUUUCUUUCCGUAAAAAGAAGAAGAAAGAAAACCCCUCUUGUCCACUGCAUAUUGCUCCUAAAGGAGGACCCCCAAACCCUAGCUUUAUCAAGGAUCCCGUCCCAAGCGGCGGCGGCGCAUAGAGAUGAAGCGCAAGAACAAGGAGCAGAGGAGGGCAGAUGGAAUCACCGAUAGAGGCAGUGAUUCGCUGGAGACCAUGCGGCCGAACAAGAAGCAGAGGUUGGGCGGUGGCAGCGGUAGCGAUGAGGAGACCUCGCCCUACCUGGUGGUAGGUCAUGGGAGCGUGAGCCCUGCCUUCUCCGUGUUCAAGGUGGAACCCUACACCGACGGCGGCGGCGACACCCCGGUGAGCAUCCCGCGCCGCCUCGCCCGCCUCAAAUGCAAACACAACAUGUCUUUCGUCCCUUUGAGAUUGAAGGACCGCCGGUGGAUCGUCGGCGUCGGCGGCAGCUCAACCGAGAACUACUACGGCCCGGGGACCAUCAUUUUCGACACCGAGAAGCAGUUGGUGAUCCGGGGACCGGAACCUAAGUCGAUCAAGAGCCACCCGAUCCUGCUACCCAUCGACCAGAAGAUCUACGCCCUUUCCCGAAGCCCCUCAGUGAAGGGACCGCUCGAUUACUUGCCCUGGUUCGAGGUCCUCGAUCUCUCCCAGGCACAGGAAGUUGACGGCUGUCUAACCAACUGCAAGUGGAGCUCCCUGCAGCGGCCGCCCUUCUUUCCCUGGGAGCUCACCCCACGGCAGUACUUAUGUCCACCGAGGGUUGCCGUCGAGUCAUACGUCGCCGUGGGCUCCCACAUACUGGUUUCUGUGACCGGACGGGUGGGCACGUACGCUUUUGACACGAAGGGCUCGAAGAAGUGGGUGACGGUGGAUGACGAGAACAACCUGCCGUUCAGCGAUGGUGCCAUCCCGCACGGAGGUGGGCUCUUCCUCGGCUUAUCAAGCACCACAAAGGCCAUCACUGGAUACAAGAUUAAUAUCGGCACUAGGUCACUCUCUGUUGUUGAGAUUCCUGUGGUGUCCGACUUGGAAGAUGAAGAGCUGGUCGGUCGCUCACACAAUUUUCUUUCCCUGGGGAUUGAUAGUGGCUUCUGCUUGGUGACCUGUUGGAGUGUUGACGAAUCGCCGUAUCCCCCGUAUCACCGGGCGCACAUCAGGGUGAGGACGUACAGAACAGAUGAUUUUGUGGAGUCGGAGGGAAAAUGCUUAGUCGUCUCCAAGCAGUGGAUGCAGGUUUACAAGAUCCGCGAUUUGAUCCGGACACUAGAUGCGCCAUGUCUGGUUGGUGUGGUCUACAUAUGAGAUGUACAUUGAGAAAAUGACUUGAUGUCAUGACCAUGGUGGUAUAAUUGGAUGGAUGAGAGGAAAUGUGCCCAGAGAAUUGGAAAAUCAAAACAUUUGAGAAGACAGUGUUUACUUACAUUUCAGUGAAUCGGGUUUCUUUGUGUUUGUGCAACAACGAUUUAAUAUGGCUAUCUUACUCUUAUGCGUGUUCUGGUUCCAUUUUGUGUAUCAAGUAGUGCUCUUCGGAAGCAUCAUUGGUGUUGUUUGGAAGCGUUGUUACUGUUGUUCUUUGAAAGCAUCAGUGUAUUGUCUAUGUAGCCAAAAUUUCGUCCCUACUUGUUUCUGUCACUUGUGUAUUUGUAGCCGUUCAGUUCUAAACAUGGUAGGUCUUCCUUGUGUUACGAUUAUGCAGGUACUAAGCCUGACCUGGGAGGUUCGUAUAUGGAGAUCCUCUGAUGUCUUUGGGAGCUGCAAACAGGCUUUUCUGAUCGUGUAUUAUAUAUUUGUGCUGAAUAUCUCAUAUGCACACAGCGCUUAACCGAACUUCAGACUUAGAAAGGAGUUUUUUGUCGUUUAUGUCUAAUUUCCUUUUCCUUGUUUUCACCAUGCUAUCUGUAACAAUUCCAUGUAUGUCUCUUGGCUUGUGAAAACUUAACUUACAGUUUCCUUGUUUGAGUAAUAGACUAAAUUCUGAUAA